AUGUUCCUCGUUCCUGGUACCUCCGCGAUCACGGUCUUGGCCUCCCUCCUCCUUGCGAGCACCGGCACCGAUGCACUCGACAAUGGCCUUGCGCGCACCCCGCCCAUGGGCUGGAACUCAUGGAACGCAGUCCGCUGCGCCGUAAACGAGACCAUUGUGCGGUCUGCCGCUGAUGCGCUGGUCGAUUCCGGCCUCGCAGCAGCAGGGUACCAGUACAUUGUGCUGGACGACUGCUGGCAGGACUACAAGCGCGGCGCCGACGGCGCUUUGCGCGCGCACCCGACCAAGUUCCCCAGCGGCAUUGCGACACUCGCGUCGUACGUGCGCUCCAAGGGGCUCAAGUUCGGCCUCUACGGCUCGCCCGGGACGCGGACGUGCGCCAUGAUCUACGACAAGUACCCCGGCACCGGGCUGGGCAGCAAGGGGCACGAGCAGCAGGACGCGGACACGUGGGCGGCCUGGGGCGUGCAGUAUCUCAAGUACGACUGGUGUCUGGCCGACAAGGACGGGCUGGUGCACCAGCCGACGUUUGAGCGGAUGCGCGACGCGCUCGCCGCCACGGGCAAGGGGGGCGAGAUCACGUACUCGAUCUCCGAGUACGGGUACACCAAGCCUUGGACGUGGGCUGCGCCCGUCGCGAAUCUCUGGCGCACGACGGCAGACAUCCAGCCCCGCUGGGACAGCGUUGCGCGCAUCAUCGAGUCCCAGGCCGCACUGGCCGGCACGUCUGCGCCGGGGGCUUGGAACGACCCCGACAUGCUCCAGAUCGGGAACGGCAAGUUCACCCCGGAGGAGACACGCUCCCACGUCGCCAUGUGGGCCAUGCUCGCUGCCCCGCUCAUGGUCGGCACGCUUGUUGAUAAGCUCCCGCAGCAGACGCUCGACGUCCUCGCCAACCCGCGGCUGGUCGCUAUUGACCAGGACUCCCUCGGAAAGCAGGCCGCGCGCAUUCAGCAGACCGCAGGCGUGGACCUCUGGACCCGCGAACUCAGCGGAGGCCGACAGGCUAUCGCUGUCUUCAACACGGGCAACAGUACUCAGAGCGUCACCCUUUCGCUCGGCCAGGACGCGGCGUUGACGGACGUGUGGUCCGGUAACGCCGUCGCUCACGGUACCGCCAAGGUCACAGCGCAGGUGAAGGCGCACGACACGGCCGUGUUCACUCGCAGGUCGGUCGGAGACGUUAGUAUCACUGUUGCGUAG